AACAAUUGACACAGAGACCGGAGGGGAGAGGAAGCGAGAGAGCGAGAGCGAGACGAGAGCGAAAGCAACAGAGUCACUAUUUGAAACCCUAAAUUGAUUCGUAAGGAGUUACUCAAUUUUGUAUGAGAAAAAAGAGGGAGAGCAAUUCCAUUUUCCUCGACUUUGAAGCGUGACUUAUUCUCGAUUUAUAUCUUUCAAGCCCUAGGAAGAGUCAGAAGAGGAAGACCCUUUUAAGCGACGACGUUUUGAAGAUGAUAAUGAGCAAAAAAAUGGUGGCGGAAGCUGAGAUUAUCUGUCAACAGAGCAUUCCUCCGGUUAUUGAGGUGCAGUAUCACCUCCAUAACUUGAACGUCGAUCCGGUCGAUGUGACCGCUCCUUCGACUCCCAUUUUCGAGACAAUCUCCACUGAUAUCUCGCGAUUUGAAUCGGUUGUGAGUUGCACAGAGACGAUGAAAGAAGCAGCUAUCAAUUCUUCUGCUGUUAAGUCUUUUCCAAGCAUUCGCUCUGGUAGCUAUGCUGACAUUGGAACAAGGCCUUCUAUGGAUGAUGCACACAUUCGGAUUGAUGAUCUAUCUGCUCGUCUGGGUUCUUUCUUCAAGUGGCCAAGUGCUUUUUAUGCAGUGUUUGAUGGUCAUGGUGGGCCUGAUGCUGCUGCUUAUAUAAAGAGAAAUGCUAUGAGGUUGUUUUUCGAAGAUGCCAGGUUGCCACAAACUUCUGAUAUUAAUGAUGUGUUCAUAGAAGCAUUGGUGGAUUCCCAUAGGAAGGCAUUUUUACAGGCAGAUAUUGCCUUGGCUGAAGAAAGCAGUGUUAGCAAUUCUUGUGGAACAACAGCACUGACUGCCCUUGUUCUUGGAAGGCAUCUACUGGUUGCAAAUGCCGGUGACUGCCGGGCAGUUUUAUGCAGGAAAGGGGUAGCUGUUGAUAUGUCACAAGAUCACAGGCCUUCUUAUUUGCCAGAACGCAAGCGUGUUGAGAAGUUGGGUGGCUACAUUGAAGAUGAAUAUCUUAAUGGUUAUCUCUCAGUUACCAGAUCCCUUGGAGACUGGGAUUUGAAACUUCCGCUAGGGGCUUCAUCGCCUCUGAUUGCUGAGCCAGAUGUUCAACAGCUUGUGUUAACAGAGGAUGAUGAAUUCUUGAUCAUUGGUUGUGAUGGCAUAUGGGAUGUUAUAUCCAGCCAGGAUGCUGUCAGCUUUGUACGGCGUGGACUUAGGCGGCAUGAUGAUCCUGAGUUGUGUGCCAGAGAACUAGUUACAGAAGCAUCACGCCUCCAUUCAACUGAUAAUCUCACUGUGGUUAUCAUCUGCUUCUCUUCACCUAGUGCUGUCGAGUCAUGUCCCCCUCGGAGGAGGAGAUUGAGGUGCUGCAGUCUUUCUGAGGAGGCUCGAAAUAGAUUGAGAAGCUUGUUGGAAGGCAAUUGAAUAUGCAGACAAAUUAUUUUGUAUUAUUUGCUGAUAUUAAUGAGAAAGGAAUUUUUAUCUGUUUGUGGCUGUUUCAGAUAGCUUAGAAAAAGCAGCCAGCAGUUUUGUAGAGGUAGAAGAGGAUACUGGGAUAGCGGUAGUGUCGAGUAAAGUGUAUGUUUCUGGAUAGGUAACUUUAAUGACGAACCGGAUUAUUUUGCCAUAGCAUUGAUAUUGUUGGGUUCA